GUGGCGGCGUUGGCAACCGCUAUUCGCCAGUCACACUACACGGGCCGGCACCCGCUGUUUAGUCGCUAGUCCGCUGCGCCCACGACCGCAUGCAUAUGGCAUGGACAAUUGCCGAGUGAUCGCCCGCGGUACACGUCCUGUCGACCGGUGUUUAGCAUCGCUUCAAAAAACGUGCAAUGAUCCGAAUAUUUUCAUAGAUUUUGGAUUUAUUCUUUUUAACAAUCUCACUCACUCCUCCUCUAGGCGUGUCCAAUCUAAAUGACAUCGAACAUCGACGGCCCCGGUGAAAACUUCCGAAUAACCGAUGAUGAUAACAUAUUGUUGCAUGGGAAAUUAAGUUCGAAGUCGUUGAGAGAGAAUGACUUGCAUCGGUCGUCCACACCAAACGAAGAACGGCGCCAGGGCGAUUUGAAAAAGCUGCGCCCUCUGUCGAAAUCCGAUUUCAACCUAAGUUAUCCAGAAGACUUGGACUUCCUGUGCAAGACAUUCGUGCCCGACGAACGUCACCAUGUCCCAGUGGAAAGUUUUGCAUCCUCGUCGUCGCCAAGCACUCCUGGUCCAGGUCAAGGAUGCUGCCCUUCGGCAAUCCAAUCGUCUUCCUGUGCCACUGCCACCGCACAGUCGACCAUACAGAGCAUUAACGUGGUGCAAAAGACACACUCGUUCUUCAACUCGCUUAAGGAAAAGUGGUCGAAAAGCAGAAGCAAAGCCCGAGGCUCUGACACGGACGAAUCGCCUUGUGAGUCGCCUAUUCUUUCCAGAUUUGUCCGUCCCGACACGUUACAGCAGUCGAAAACGGUAGAUUGUAAAAAUCCACAGAGCACAGCGUCGGAGUUUGGAUUAUCUCAUAAUUGGUUCCAAAAAGUUGUCUCCCGAGACAGCCAAGUUCGACUGCGACGACAGAAUUCCAUAAGAUCUGAAUGCAUUGACUUGAGCACGCCGAUAAAAAGAGCGAGACUGAGAAAAUAUUCCUCAAAUCCACAACGCAGUAGUUUGUAUAACACUGUUGAUUUGUUACGAGAAGGUGAAAAUCCGUUGCAGAACGAAACUUUGCUCAAGAAACACGAUUAUUUUCAACUUAAGAUUCACUUGAAAAGAGGAAAAGAUCUCAUCGCCCGAGACAAAAACGGUCUAAGCGAUCCUUACGUUAAAUUCAAGAUGAACGGAAGACUCAUCUUCAAGUCGAAAACCGUAUACAAAUGUCUUAACCCGACGUGGGACGAGACUUUCACGUACCUCUUAGAAAAUCCUUUCGAGCCUCUCUUUAUCAAGGUUUUCGAUUAUGACUGGGGACUUCAAGAUGAUUUUAUGGGAGCCACUCAAGUCGGAUUGUCAACCUUAGAGUUGGGAAAACAACACGAGCUUUGUCUACAAUUGAGAGACUGCCAGAAUACCGAAUAUCUUGGAGAACUCUACAUAGACAUCACUCUUUCGUCACAGUCACGAGAGGAGCGAGAACAGAUUCAAUGGGGAGCUGUAAAGAGUCUGUUGAAAACGGGAAAAGUGACCGACAUGAAUAAAAAGUACAAAUACCAAAUUUGGAGUUCCGUGGUGACCAUCGUGUUGAUCAAAAUUAAAAACAUCAAAAUGAACGACGGGCUGUGCGAUCCGUACGUGAGAUUCAGGUUGGGCGGUGAAAAGUUCAAAAGCAAAGGUAGCAGUCGUCUGUCUACGCCCACUUGGUUGGAACAAUUCGACUUGCAUUUGUUCGACGACCAGACCCAAGAAUUGGAAAUCAACGUCUGUGCCAAAGAACGUUAUCGCGAGGACGUCGUGGCCAGCGCGUUCAUCGAUUUGAGUAAAAUGGAAAGAGAAAAAACGCACAAGAUCAAAUACAAUUUGGACAUUGGCGGCGGCGAGUCGGCCGGAACACUGUGCUUGCUGCUCACCAUAAGCGGCACGUCCAACUUGGAAAUGAUAUCCGAUCCCACCGAAAAGGAGAUCACCGACCAGGAUCAGGUUCGGCAGAGGUACUGCCCCGUGCGAACCCUGUACGACCUCCGGGAUAUCGGCAUGCUCACUGUUCGGGUGUACAAAGCCCAAGGAUUAACGUCGGCCGACCUCUGUGGCAAAUCCGACCCGUUCUGUGUGUUGGAGCUGGUCAACGCCCGACUGCAAACCCACACGGAAUACAAAACGCUAUCGCCGACGUGGGACAAGAUAUUUGUCUUCAAUGUAAAAGACAUCAACUCUGUGCUGGAAGUGACCGUUUUCGACGAGGAUCCUGAUUACAAAGUGGAGUUUUUGGGAAAAGUUGCCAUUCCGUUACUUUCCAUCAACAAUGGCGUCCAGAAAUGGUAUCCUUUGAAGGAUAAAAAACUCAGGUGUCGCGCAAAAGGAAACAAUCCGAAAAUCCUAUUGGAAAUGCGACUCGUCUGGAAUCCGUUGCGAGCCGUCAUCAGGACUUUGAAUCCAAAAGAAGAAAAGUACAUGCAACAAGAAACCAAGUUCAAAACACAAACCUUGAUCAACAACGUUAUGAGACUGAAACUGUUGAUCAUGUGGCUCAUCGAAAUCGGGAAAUACUUUGAGUACUGGGUAGAAUGGGAAUCUCCACUGCAUACAAUACUUGUUUUGAUCACGUUUGUGGUGGGCUGUCAAUUUUUCGAACCGUACAUGGCACCUAUCGCUUUGGUGCUGGUAUUCCUUAAGUACUACAUAAGCUAUUCGUGGGAUUCGUCAAGGACUUGCGAAGACGACGACGACCAACAAAUGGACGAAGACGACCAGCAGGAAGACCAACAGUACGAUCAGGACGAUGACAAAACCAAGGAAGAAAAGAAAUCGUUAAAGGAUCGAGUGGUGGCCGUACAAGAAGUAACGCAGUUGGUUCAGAACACUAUCGGCGACAUUGCUUCGCUCGGUGAGAAAAUUAUUAAUCUAUUGAAUUUUUCCGUGCCGUUCUUGUCGUAUCUGUCCAUUGUGUUGCUAAUAGCCGUCACGGUUGUACUGUAUUGCGUUCCAAUCCGGUAUCUAAUAAUGGCCUGGGGAAUAAACAAGUUUACCAGAAAAAUCCUCCGGCCUAACACCAUACCCAACAACGAACUACUGGAUUUACUCUCCAGGGUGCCGGACAACGAAGAGAUGUACCAAAGGGAUUUCAGAAAAAAAUCUAACGGAAACAAAAACAAAUGAAACGAGUGUUGAAAUGGCAAAAGAACAAUUAAUUGUCGAACGAGAUAAGUUACAAAGAGCUCAAAGCUAACGAAAACGCGGACGGCGAUAAGCAAAACAAGGAUGUUAAAAAGAAACAAAAGCUGUGAUUUAUUUUGGUGACACAAUUUAUAAAUGUUUACAAGGUAUUUUUUACUAUUACGGUUGUUAUAGUAAUUAAGCCCUUAAUGUUAAAUAUAUUUAUUGUCUAUUGUCCACUGAAAUUAAAAAAAAAAAUUAUUAUGUCAAAUUUAGAAUAUUUUCCAAUUUUUUUUUAUACUCUUCAAUUUAACUAUAUUUUAGAGUUAAAAAAAAUAUAAGUAAUAUAAAAGCUGUUACAUAAAAUGUUUUUUCUUUUUAUAUUGAGCCUAUUUUUUUAAAUUUACAUUCGAUAGCACUGUUUUAAAUAAUAAUAUUUAUUAUAUUAUCUUUCAUAUUUUAUCUAACUGUUAUUAUUAUUGUAUUAUUAUACUUGUUGAUAUUAUGUCUUAUACACUUUUUUUAAUCUACGACGAGCAUUUCAAUAA